AAUCGCCCUACUCUACCCGGUAAGGAUUAUGGUGAAGGCGAAGGUAACCUUCCUUGAAAACGGGUUGGGUUGCUAUGGUUUUGUUGGCUGGGUUUCCCUUCCCUUUUCCCGGCGAGGAGGGCUCUGGAGUCUUGCAUGCAGCGUUUGCCCACCGCGAAACCUUCACCUUACUACACGCGCUUCCGCUCGUCCGCUUGCCGAUCACGAUCACCAAAGGCGGUACGCUCACUCACAUACAAACACACACACACACAGUAGUGGUGGCCGUGGCCACUUUCCUGACGUAUAAUUGGGCGAUGGACGUCGCGGCGUUGGUUUUUGUCGCUUUAUUUUUGCGCUUUUAUUCCACACCCGCGGCACAGAUUUUGUGUGCGAGAAGGGUUGAAAUGCAGCAGCUGCUGCAGCAGUGUGUGUUGCAUUUCUUUGCCAUUUUGUUACCCCUUGUUUUCCGUCGCCUUUACCCCUGUCCUCCCCCCCCAGGGGUGGUGCACCAUUAUCGCGUUCGCAAAAUUCGUCCUCGCGUUGCUUCCCGGUUGCGCGAGCGCACGCACGGGUUUUUGUAUAAAUAAUCGGGCCGUGGUACGAAACUGUAUCAUUGAUCACUCAGCGUCUUCAGCAGCAACAGCAGCAGCAGCAGCAAGACACACUUCUUCGAGUAUCCCGCCCAACAACCAACAACAAACCGCUUCAGCAAAAUGGCAUUCAAGUUCGUCGUUUUCCUGGCUUCGUUGGCCGUCGCUAGCGCCGGAUACCUGGAGGCUGGCCAUGCCGUCCAGUACGCCGCCCCGGUGGCGCACUACUCGCCGGCAUCGUCGGUGAGCUACAGCACCAUCUCGCAGGCUGCCCCGGCCAAGCUGGCCUACGCCGCCCCGGUCGCCAAGACCAUCUCGUACGCCGCGCCGCAGGUGUACGCCGCGCCUCAGGUGUACGCUGCUGCCCCAGUCGCCAAGACCAUCGUCUCCAGCCCGGCCGUCGGUGCCACCCAUGAGAGCACGAUCCGCUCGCACGACGGAACCAUCUCCCACUACUCCAAGGCCGUCGAUACCGCGUUCUCGAGCGUCCGCAAGUCGGACACCCGCAUCACCAACGAGCUGCCCAAGUACGCCUAUGCCCAGCCCGUCCUCGCCAAGCAGGUUGCCUAUGCUGCUGCCCCGGCCGUCCACACCACCUACACCCAUGCCGCUCCGGCUGCCGUCCACACGACCUAUGCCGCCCCGGCCGUUCACACUAGCUACGCCCACGCUGCCCCGGCCGCCGUCCACACCACCUAUGCUGCCCCGGCUGCCGUCCAGACCUAUGCUGCCCAUGCUGCCCCGGUUGUCGCUACCGCCACCAAGACGCUGACCUACUCGCCGGCCGUCCAGGUUGCGCACACCACCUACGAGGAUGCGCACGCUCACUACGCCUGGUAAGAUGGGCAUGACGUCUGGCGUGAGACACUUGGUCUUUUAUUGUUUUGCGAAGCUGAUACAAUGAUCCCCCAUCGACCCACUU